ACACUAGCCAGCCAUUGAUUUUUGUUUAUGUUUGCCUUGGAAUCUGUAAACUGCGGUAAUUUAAGAAAUAAUUUUAACUUGAACCUUUAUUAGCAGUCGAUAGAAUAAAUAAGUGCCCCAAUUGCUAUCUACGAAAACAAAAGUUAGUAAAAUAGGCAGUGGAUUCUUUGAUUAAACUUUUAGUGGUAUAUUUAAAGAUCUUUUCGAUUUCAAGUUCCUUGGAGAGCAUUAUUAGUGAUAAUAUUUUUGUGCUGGAUAUGGAUAAACGCUUCGAUGAGUCCGACAAUGAUAUAAAAACAGAGGCUAAUUCCAGUGGUGUCAGUUCCACAACAGAUAUUGAAAUGCCCACAACCACCGAGUCAGCAACCAAACGGAAAACUGAAAACCCUGAAGAUGACGAGCCACCGGCAAAAAGCCACCGGCCAUCCAUUGGAGUCGAUGGCGGAUUCAAAUGGAACUUGCAGGCAUUGGCUAAGGCGGCAGAUGCGGUGGGCUCGGGCGGCAAGUCUCCGGUGUCAGCCCUGAACGAGCUGGGGCUGAAAGUGCACUACAGCAUCUCGCGACAGGGCGGGCCCGCGCACUGCCCCAACUUCACUGUUUCAGUCACGGUUGCAAACAUGACGUUCGAAGGUAGUGGGCACAGCAAGAGGGACGCGCGGGCCUCCGCCGCGCGCGCUUGCCUCACCGCGCUGCUGGCGCGCGCGGGCCGCGUGCUGCCGGUGCCGGGCCCGCCGCCCGACUUCACCAGCGACGAGCCCGCUAGACACACCGUCUCGGAGUACCCACGCUUGGAAACGAGGCCAGUUCGACCGCCAGAGAUUAUCACCAAGAAGUCGCCGACGCCAAAUAUUUUCGGUCCGUCUAUGAUGCUGCCAGCAAAUAAGAGUCCCAUUAACACACUGUACGAACAAUAUCCCGGGCUUACAUUCAAAUUUACAUUUGGAGACGGCUCGCCUCUGGACUCCCUGCAAGCACCUCCGCAACUGAGUCACAGCAUGAGGUUCAAAGUGGUUUGCCAGAUUAAGGAUCAAGUCUUUGAGGGCUAUGGCUCCAACAAGAAGCUGGCCAAGCUGGCUGCAGCCAGGGCAGCGCUGGGCGAGCUGUGUGAGCGGCUCCCGCAAGCACCGGUUGUCGUCCCACAGGACUUCGUAGCGGAAACCCUGCCACAACUCAUGGCUGAUCACAUUGCUAAAUUAGUGAACGAGAAAUUCAAUGAGUUGCUGUGUGGAAACCUGGUGCACUCCAGACGGAAAGUGUUAGCCGGCAUCGUGAUGACCAGAGAGAACAACAUGGAAACGGCACAGGUGAUAGCGGUGGCGACGGGCACAAAGUGUGUGUCCGGGGAACACAUAUCGGUGAGAGGGCAGGCGGUCAACGAUGGACAUGCUGAGGUGGUAGCGCGUCGUUGUCUGCAAAGAUUUCUGUACACACAGUUGCUUAUGUAUGCAAAAUCGAAAGAUCCCACUGAAAUGAUACCAGAGUCGGAGCUGGAGCCAGUGCCUGGUGGUGGCUACCAGAUGAAGGAAGACAGGCGCUUGCACUUGUAUGUCAGCACUGCACCUUGUGGUGAUGGACGCAUAUUCAGCCCUCACGAGAAUUACAGCCCGGGACCUGACCGACAUCCCAACAGAAUGGCGCGCGGUCAACUUCGUACCAAAAUAGAGUCCGGCGAAGGCACCAUACCUGUCAAGAACAGUACCAACGUGGUACAGACCUGGGACGGACUGUUGCAGGGUGAGCGUCUGCUGACAAUGUCAUGUUCAGACAAGAUGGCGCGCUGGUGCGUGGUCGGGCUGCAGGGGGCGUUGCUGGGCAGGCUGAUACGCCCUGUAUAUCUGCACUCGCUCGUCCUGGGCUCGCUGCUACACCAGCAUCACAUGUACCGGGCCCUCUGCGGUAGGGUGGAGGGCCACAUAUCGUCCCUCCCGCCGCCCUACCAGCUGCAGAGGCCCCGCCUCGCCCGCGCGGCCAGCAUGGAGGCGCGCACUCCUGCCCGGGCGCCCUCCUUCAGCGUUGGCUGGGCUGUCACUUCGCCUAUUCCGGAAGUGAUCAACGCGACCACAGGGAAGCUGGAGACCGGACAUCCGUCUAUGAUCUGCAAGCAGAGCAUGUUCGCGCGUUGGCAGUACCUCGUCAGGCGAUUACCACUUCUACCGCAGGAGGAUGGCCCACCAAUGCCGACUCACCCCACGGACUUGGACCGCUUGCUGUACAAUGAAGCCAAGCUGCUCUGCGCGCCAUACCAGGAAGCCAAAGAGUGUCUGAUCAGCGCCUUCGACCGCGCGCAGCUCGGCCGCUGGAUCAAGAAACCCAUAGAGCAGGACCAGUUCCAGUGCGAGAUCCUCAACGCCGACCCGGCCGUCCUGUUCGCCUAGGCGGGUAGUGAUCACCCUGGUAACGCUAUGCAGAUUCCCCGCCCGUCUGAGGCUGUAAACGCAAAAACUUGCACCGAAAUCCCACAUAUCGCACCCGAAACGGACGACAUCACGAAUAUCUUGCACAAAAUCGAUAUAAACAGUCAUAAACUUGAUGUUGCUACUAAAAAUAAUAAAAUUACUUACAUGCCACAUAAAACUGAUAUAAAAAACAAUACUAAAAGUGAUUUAGCAACUGAUAAUGAUAAAACUACCCACGUGGCAUAUAAAAUUGAUAUAAAAAACAAUUCUAAAAGUGAUUUUGCAUCUAAAAUUGAUAAAAUUACCAACGUGGCACAUAAAACCAGUUUAAUGAAUACUAGAAGUGAUGAUUUAGCACUUAAAAAUGAUAAAAUUGCUAAUAUGGCACUUGAAAUUGAUAUAAAUAGUACUGAAAUUGAUUUUGCAAGUAAAACCCGCGUAAAUGUUAAAAAAGAUAAUUUGGCAACUAAACAGAACAGUUUUACAUCGUCUGAAACCGAUAGUAAUAGCACUAAAAAUUGUGAUGUUGCAACUUAUAAUGAUAGAUUAUUAUCAAAACAUACUGAAGAUAAAAAAGUAGCAGUAAUUCCGAAAAUUCACGCGUUACGUCGACCGAAAAUAGUUUCAGAAAACGAUUAUGUUAAUUUUGAUUACAAUUAUGAAAACAGUACAGAAAAUAAUUAUCUUCAAUCUAAUAUAUUCAAUACAAAUUUAACUUGCAUAAGACAGGUUGAUGGUAGAAAUUCGAGAAAUUUGCAGAAAAAUACAGUUAUAACUAAAGAUAAUAUUAAAGAUAGAAAAAGAGUUAUAGAAACAUUUGAUAGUCAUAAGGAUUUUCAUCGUCAAGUCUUCAAUACUCAGCACCCAAUUAAAAGUAAUGUAAGUAGUCAUCUUAAAAUUGACGUAAGCCCGCUAGAUGCAGAUGUUAUGAGAAACAGUAUGAAUGUAGCUGAAUAUAGAAAUAGGGAAAUAGAUGGAAACAGAAAUAGGGAGUCAAGUUAUAUGGCAGCAAUAAGAAAUACUUUAAACGUAGGGGAAAAUAGAAAUAGGGCAAUAGGCGCAAACAGAAAUUGGGAUCAAUGUGUUUACAAAACCUACAGUGGGAUAGAUGUUGGAAACAGAAAUAGGGAGUCAAAUUAUAUGCCAGAAAAUAGAAAUAGGGUAAUGGAUGGAAACAGAACUUGGGAUCAAUGUGUUAACAAAAGCAAUAGUGUGAUAGAUGUUGGAAACAGAAAUAGGGAAACAAAUGCUUCAGCUGACGUAGAUCAAAAUAGAAAUAGCGUAAAUGAAAAUAAAAUUGGGGAAAUAAUACAAAAGGGUCAAACUCCGCUUUUACAGCGAAGGUUAGCUGCUUAUAGAAAUUUACAAUAAUCCUUGUGGCCAUAAUAUGUGAAAUGGUUAUUUUUGUAUUUUUUUUUCUUGAUUUUUAGGGUUCCGUGGAAAAAUUGGACCUUUAUACAAGAACACUUCUUGUCAGUCUGUGUUUUCUGUCUAUGCUUCAAGGCCCUUUUUUCAAAAAUACCUUGAAUGGUGUAGAAUAUAUUUUUACUAAAAAAAACUUUAUAAGUGCUUUUGAAUCAUCAAAAUAAUUUACCAAUGCCUCGGAAUUCCGUUCCUGCUGAGAAGAACCAGCAAGAAACUCGACGGUUGCUCUUUUCAAAUGUUCAAUUUACAAUAUUAUCAAGCCAGAUAUUAUUUUUGAAUUUUGCAUUUUGACUUUAAAGUCGUAAUUUUGACAUGAUAUUUGACACAAAAAGUUAAAAUGGCGCGCGAGAAUCAUUUUUUACGCAUUAUACAUAAUAUUUGGAAGUUAAAAUUGAAACCCAACUCGCCAAAUUAACUUGUUAAAUUGGAAUUAACUCGCCAAAGUAUAAAUUCCUCCAAUUGGUGAAAAUUUUGUUUUUUUUUUUUUAUUUCAGCUUUUCUAAGCGUAUUUUUGUUACAUAAGAAAAAAAGUGUUAUUACUUGUAUUUGGCAAGGAACCCUUCGCGUGUAAAUCCGACUCUGAUUAGAUUUUUUCAUUUGCGUUGGAUACGUCAAAUCUGCAUGGCGUUAUCUCAGGUAUGGUCGCCAUCAAUUUAGACGGCAGGUGGUAGUGCAGUGGCGUAGUGUGGGGCGCACACUAAAGGACACUAAACUACACUAUAAUCCACGGAGAGAAGUUAGAAUAGGGCUCUGUCUGUUACCUAAUCCUAAAAUGAUAGAAAAAAACUCAGUGGCGUUAAAGUUGAGCGGUUCAACCAAUCACAAACAUAAAAAACCAUUCGAAAUUCAAUUCGAAAACAUAGUUUCGUUUGUGAUUGGUUGGUGACUCAAAAUUGUUAGUUUAGUCUUUGUCAUUCGUGUGGCAUGACGUAACAGAGGGAGUGGUAUACUAACUUCUCUCCGUGGAUAGAGUAAAAGGCACAUCAAGGAGCAUUAUCUAGAAUAAGGACAGUACUUAAGGAACACAAAGAUACUGUGGUUGAGAUCUAUAGAGCGUACUUUGACUUUGACUUAAGACACUGUUAAAACGGGACAGCGUUAUACCGCUGGUAUACAUCUGUCUCGUUUUAACUGAAACUUAAGUCUGAUCAAAGUCUAAGUGCGCCGAUUUCAAUCCACCACGGGCGAGAAUAACGCGUCGAUAGUCUGUCCUACUAUCGUCGGAUAAUCCACGGUAUAGUCAAACCAGCCGGCUAAGGGCUAAUAGCCAUAAAAGUUAACAAAUGCGAUAAAUAUUACAAAAGAGCAUAAGUCAGUACUCACACAUGCAAAACGCUAACUUAACACGCGUGACUACAGUGACGCGCGUACGUUACUGCCGCGCGUCGCGCGACGCGCAGUUCAGCUGCAGUUCAGUUCGAGUGCGUGGGCACCUUUUAUGUUAAGGUCCUUUUAUAUCAAAGGACGUCAUUAAUAAUUACAAUACGCGUGGAUUUACUAAAAUUUUCGCCUAAGUUACACCAAAGAACACUAAGUGCCGAAAAACCCACACCACGCCACUGCCAUGGGUCAGUGUAAGUCAUAUAAGUAUUAUUUAAGUAUAAUUUUUUUGAUUGUAAGGAAAAGCCAUGUGAUUUUAUUUGUAAUUAUUUUAAGCGCACAACAUUGUGAUGUUCCUUGUGUUCUUUUGUUUAUUUUUUUAAGAAAUAGUACAAAUACAUUUAAUUCAAUUUA